AUGGUAGCAAAAAAGGCACGCGUGGAGCUGGAGAAACAGCUAAAGAAUGAUGAUCGAGAUGUUGCCGAUCUGUGGAAGGAAGCUCUCAAGAGCUAUGAGAGCAUCGUCGGUUUCGGUCUGCAGCGCAAAUUCGACAAUGUCCAGUCCAUGCUUGACUACGGAACUGACCAGAUGAACAACUUUCACAAGUUCAGGCACGACAAGGGCAAGGUAGAUCGAUUGAGGACCUUGUUCUCUUCCAACCUGGAUCUCGUCGAACAAGGCGCGAACCAAAUCAUUGCCGCCGCCGCGCCGGCUUUUCCACCAGCCGCUGCCAUUGGAACCGCUUUGACCUACAUGCUUCAAGCGUGUCGAUCGGUUUCAGCCGACUACGAUAUCGUCAUUGUCUUCUUUGAAGACAUGAACAGCUUUUUAGGUCGGAUUACAAUUCUGGAGAAGAGAUUGCCGCAAGACAAGGCUUAUCAGAACUGCCUGAUGGAGGUAUUCACAUCACUUCUGACCAUGUGCGGUUUUGCACACAAGUAUAUCGAGCUAGGUCGCUUCAAGAAAUGGAUUUCGAACCUGUUCAAAGGCGACGACGGAGAGCUUGGUGGCGCGCGGGCGAACAUGAACAAGAACUUGGAUCAUUUGCAGCAAGCGACCGAAUUUGCCAUCCUCGGUAACACAGAAGAGACUCUUGCCAUGGCAUCGCAACUUGAUGAGAACCAGAAGUCUCAUGCAGAAAUGCUUGAGCGAGUCGGCCAUACCAUCGACACCAUUCAUGAGAACACAGAGAAUAUUCGCGGCGACAUUGCCAAGAUCCUCAAGCUCUUCGGCGGGCAGAAGAAGGAAAAGACUAUGGAGAAGCCGCAAGCGAAUAAACCGAGCUCUUCCAACAGUAUCCGCAACGCCAUGCCCAUAGUCUUCAACGACGACCACGAGUAUCACGCCCUGAAGGAAACUCUCCUUCCAGACUCGUGCAGCUGGCUCUUCUCCGAGCCUGAGUGGGAAGAAUGGCUGAAGCUCCCAGACGGAACACGGCCCAUCCUUGCAGUGACAUCAGAGCCCGGUACGGGUAAAAGUCACAUGGCUGCCGCGCUACACGACAAGCUUGCUCAAAGAGCGAGCGAAGAUGAGACAGGUCAUACUUGCGUAGCGCACUUUUACUUCCGUGAACAAGAAGACGCCUUUGCUUUCCUUCUCUGCGGCGUCAUCACGGUCAUCAAUCGUAUCGCAGAAACAAACUAUGCAGCUUGUGAGAAGCUGAAUGCGCAGAUAGCUCGAGACGACCUUGACAUCGAUACAAAGCUGUGGCAAAACCUCGUUGAACAUCUUCUCGGUGCUGUCUUUGCGCCAGACUCCAAGUUCAACCUCUUUAUUGUGCUGGAUGGACUUGAUGAGCUUCGUGAUUGGGCCAACUUCAAGCUGUUUCUGACCGACUACUUUAACGAGAAGGGAUUGAAAAUCUCUCUUGUUGUUACUUCGAGGCCUGAGAAGUUGGAUGAUCUCCCAGAAGGUACAAAGGUGACUCGAAUUGAAGCGACCAAGAAGAAACAGAUUCAAGAUCUCAGAGCUUUGGUCUGGAGCGAGAUCAACGCUCUGAAUAAUUUGAGACGAUUUAGUCGUUACGUGCAGCAGAGAAUCGCCGACAACAUUGAGGAGGCCUCACCCAAUAUGCUCUACGCCCAGCAUCUUCUAGGCCGUCUCGAUGAUCUGGGCCGUGAGGGAGCUGUCCUCCGUGCUCUGAGUCAAGACAAGCCCAAAACCCUUCACGGAAUCUAUGAGAUCCUUCUCGCAGAAUGUCAGCGCCGCAUGCCCCCCAAACACCAGGAGGUCGCUGCGUCGUUACUUCACUGGGUCGCCUUCUCCAAGAGGCUCUUGACUCUGGCCGAGGUCCAGUCCCUGGUCAAGUAUCUUGCACAGGACAACGAAUUCGACAUUGAAGAGAUACGUGAGCUGUUCGACAAGUUCCUGAGGAUCGGUGGUCCUGGCUAUGAUACAGAGGUCCUGGCUAGACUACAAGCCAGUCAAGCCACAGCAGUCCAAGACCUGAAGCAGGAUGAUGACGAUAAACAUGACAGUAUCUAUGACGAUGGACCACUGCCCGUCACCUUCAAGGAGCGCUCCAUGAGGCAUUACUUCACUAAUAGCACUCACGGCGCGUCGGAUUUCAGAUGGGGACCUUCAGAAGCAAAUCGGAAAAUGUUCGUCACUAGCGCAGCACUACUAAAACAGCCUCGUGAAGCUGUAUGCGAAGGACUCCUCAAGUACGCAGCGUUAUGGUUCAUAUCGCAUUUCACGUCAAUGGAUAUGAACCAGCACACGCCAGAAGAGCAGGUUGAAGUGCUGGAAGCUUUUGCAGAGACGAUGGCUGACAAAACAGGCCUCGCUGAGAUGAUGGCCAAGAGCGGUAUUCUGUAUGGGAAGCGUGGUGGCGGUUCUGUGACCAAUGUCAAGGUUGCUGAGUGGGCGGGACUUCUUGAGAAGUCGGACGUCAAGGACGGGCUGAGUGAAUUUGCCGUUGAGUGGUGGCAGCGUGUUGGGCCUGAUCCGGCGAUUUGUCGCGUGGAUAUCGCAAAGGGUUAUCUGCGUCGGCUUUACAUGGCGCAGAACUCGAAAGACGCAUUUGACUCGUGGCAGCAACUUCAUGGCGUUUUGCAAGUGUCUGAGUUGACAAAACUGUUGAUGGAUCAAGCCGUCAUAAACUUCCCCGAUCGAUUUGAGGGCAAAGACGCCUUCGAAAAAGAGAGUGAGGAGUUCGAUGAAACUGCAGCAAGUCUUGGAAUCUUGAAUCUCUUCGGCGACGAGAUCAAGCCUGACGCUGCAGCGCAUCGGGCGGUUGCAGAAGUCCUCGACGAGUAUGAGCUUCUGGAUCCAGCUGAGAAAACAUGCCGCGCUGCUCUCGAUCUCUGCAAACCUGGCGAAGAGGAGUUCUACAGAGCUUCAUGCGUCUUGUCUAGCCUUCUCAUUGAACAGAAGAAGAAACAGGAGGCCUGCGAAGUGGCACAGACUGCAGCCAAUGGAUUAUCAACAGGCGAUGUUCCUCCGGCGUUGAAGCGCAAGGUCUACACGACGCUUGCCAGGGCGCAGCGCAAACUUCGCCAAUACGACACUGCUCUCCAAUCAUUUUCCAAGGCCAAAGAGAGUGACUCCGACGGUAUAACUCCAGGUGAAGAUCUCGUAGACGAGCUCAAGGUCGUGGAGAAGAAGGACAAGGCUCAGUACAUCCAGAUGCUGAAGGAGUGGAGUCUUGUGGAGAGGAUCACAUGGAUUGCAUCGGACUACGCAGAGGACGGUGAAGAGAGACAUGCUCUCUUUUGCGACAUUGCUUCAGAAACAGGCGAGCAAGAGUUCAUCGUCAAGUUCUACCAAGAGGCCAUUGAUUUCCUGGAUAAUCUCGACGCCGCUCUUCCUCUCCGACUUGACCUCGCCGUGAUAUACUUCGAGGUAUGUCGAGAGCCCGAGAAGGCGCUCAAGCUACUGGACCAGGUAUUCGACACUCGCGCGACAGGUCUCAGGUUCCCGAUCCUUGGCGGAACCGCACUCCUGAUGAUGCUCCGAGCUGUUGAUUGUAUGACUAAUGUUCAGCUCGAGCUCUUCCGCAAGUCUCGUGAUCCGGUCUACAAAGCAGAACGGCUCACCGCGCUCGCUGGUCUUAUGCAACGGCCGUUCGCUUCAGACGUUCCCAGAACAUCAGCAUCAUGGACCAGUUUUCAUCGUGUUGGACUAGCGUACAUGUAUCUUGUCAUGGGGCCACUUGAAAAGUUCCAGCAAGCCAUCCAGUCUCUGCUGCAUGACUGCUUUGCGGGUCUCAACGAUUCCGUUGGAUGGAACGAUGCCCCUUAUCUAUGGAUGCUGGCGCAGUCAUUAUCCUUGAUGAGCAAGGCGCUGAGGAAUGAUGCGGGGCUUGAUAGAUGUGCUCGCACUGUUGCGUCAGCUGUGUUUUCAAGACUAGGCAAUACCGACAAAACCGAGGACGGUGCGUCAGCAGACGAAGAGGCUCAAGACCAAGAGGAGAUCACGACUGAGGAAGAAAAUGACGAACCUCACGCCGAUGUUGACACCAGCGAUGAUGAGGAGGACACCAGCGAGCCACCUACAGACGAGGGAGACUUGGUAGACCCGGAAGACGGGUACUACACUUGCGGUGGCUUCUGCAACCCUGCGCGGAAAUUCAAGUGGUGGGCCGGACGCUCAGCAUACCUAUAUAUAACAUUCGCGUCAGGCAUGAUCUGCGAGGAAUGCCAGGCUGAGUAUGACACAAUUGAACGUGGUGAGAAGAAAUUUAAGGGCAGAUACUUUUAUGGCCUCGGUCAGGAUAAGCUGAAGCUUCCUGUCGAGGGCUGGCGAGGUGUGAAGAAUGGCGUUAUGAGGAUUGAGGGGCAGGAGGAUGUUGCUGUGGAUGACUUCUUUAAGAAGUUGGAGAUUGAGGUUGUGAAAAAUGCUUGGGAUAGGAUUUGGGCUGGUGAUGGAUUUUGA